AGGUUUUUUGAAAGCGAUUGAAAGGGAUAAUCCAAAAUGCCUGAAAAUCCUGCAGCAGAGAAAAUGCAGGUGCUACAGGUCCUUGACCGCCUGAGACUAAGACUGCAGGAGAAGGGAGACACGACGCAGAACGAGAAGCUGUCUGUGUUCUACGAGACGCUGAAGAGCCCUCUCUUCAACCAGAUCCUUACUCUCCAGCAGUCCAUCAAGCAGCUGAAGGGACAACUUAGCCAUAUUCCUUCGGAUUGUUCAGCCAACUUUGAAUUUUCUCGGAAGGGUUUGUUAGUGUUCACGGAUGGUUCCAUUACAAAUGGGAAUGCCCACAGACCUUGUAGUAAUUUAAUUGCAUCUGGAUUAUUGCCUUGGAACCCAAAGUCAGGAAAUGAAGACUUUAACUCAGUCAUUCAGCAGAUGGCUCAGGGUCGGCAUGUUGAAUAUAUAGAUAUAGAACGCCCUUCAACCGGAGGCCUUGGAUUCAGUGUGGUGGCCCUGAGAAGCCAAAGUUUGGGAUUAAUUGAUAUCUUUGUGAAGGAGGUUCAUCCAGGGAGUGUAGCUGACAGGGAUCAAAGAUUGAAGGAAAAUGACCAGAUUUUGGCCAUUAAUCACACCCCAUUGGAUCAUAAUAUUUCCCAUCAGCAGGCGAUUGCAUUACUACAACAAACCACUGGGUCUCUGCGUCUGGUUGUGGCCAGGGAUGUGGGCCACACACAGGGCCGCACUUCCACCAGCUCAGCUGAUACAUCUCUGCCUGAAAUGGUGUGUUGGGGCCACACUGAAGAAGUUGAGCUCAUUAAUGAUGGCUCUGGAUUAGGUUUUGGGAUAGUUGGAGGAAAGUCAAGUGGCGUGGUUGUGAGGACUAUUGUUCCUGGAGGAUUGGCAGACCGAGAUGGGAGACUACAGACAGGGGACCACAUCUUGAAGAUUGGUGGUACAAAUGUGCAAGGGAUGACCAGUGAACAAGUUGCUCAGGUGCUAAGGAACUGUGGGAAUUCAGUGAGGAUGCUGGUGGCUAGAGACCCUGUUGGUCAAAUUGCAGUGACACCUCCUACACCUGUAUCCUUACCUGUUGCCCUGCCUGCUAUAGCCAACAGGACCCUUGGUUCUGACUGUUCUCUUUUUGAAACUUACAAUGUUGAGCUUGUUAAAAAAGAUGGACAGAGUCUUGGUAUUAGAAUUGUUGGCUAUGUUGGAGCAGCUCAUCCAGGGGAAGCUUCAGGGAUUUAUGUGAAAAGUAUAAUACCAGGAAGUGCUGCGUACCACAAUGGCCAAAUUCAAGUGAAUGACAAAAUAGUGGCUGUGGACGGUGUGAAUAUUCAGGGUUUUGCCAACCAGGAUGUUGUUGAAGUAUUACGAAAUGCAGGGCAGGUGGUGCACCUAACCCUAGUUCGCAGGAAAGCAUCUUCAUCUGAUUCUCCGUUUGAACAGCCUUCAGACAGAGGAACUGGUGCAGAACUACCUAAAGUACCAGCCCUAACUGGAUCCAUGGAAACAGAAACUAAUGUGGGUACAGAAGCAGAGGAAAUUGGAGAAAGACUGGAUAAUCUAAAAAACAACAUACAAGUCUUAGAAAAACCAGAUGUAUAUCCAGAGAAAGGCCCAGGCGCCACAGAAAAUGAGCUGAAAUCCAGAUGGGAAAACCUACUGGGCCCAGAUUAUGAAGUAAUGGUAGCUACCUUGGACACACAGAUUGCAGAUGACGAGGAACUACAGAAGUAUUCAAAGCUGCUGCCUAUCCACACUCUGAGACUUGGUGUGGAAGUGGAUUCCUUUGAUGGACACCAUUAUAUCUCUUCAGUUGUUCCUGGUGGUCCAGUGGAUACCCUGAAUCUCCUACAGCCAGAAGAUGAGCUUCUUGAGGUCAAUGGUGUGCAGCUCUAUGGGAAGUCUCGCCGAGAAGCAGUCUCAUUUCUUAAAGAAGUGCCUCCACCAUUUACGUUGGUUUGCUGUCGCCGGCUGUUUGAUGAUGAGGCCUCAGUUGAUGAACCAAGAACCAUGGAACCAUCUCUUCCUGAGGCAGAGGUUGAUCGCAGUCUAGAUGUCACCUCGGAAGACGAUGAUGAUGGGGAAUUAGCCCUUUGGUCUCCUGAAGUCAAGAUUGUGGAGCUGGUCAAAGACCGGAAAGGCUUGGGCUUCAGCAUUUUGGAUUAUCAGGACCCCUUGGAUCCCACACGCUCAGUAAUUGUGAUUCGGUCCUUGGUAGCAGAUGGUGUAGCAGAAAGAAGUGGAGAAAUUUUACCGGGAGAUCGCCUUGUCUCUGUCAAUGAGUUCUCUUUGGACAAUGCCACACUUGCUGAGGCUGUCGAAGUGUUGACGGCUGUGCCCCCAGGUGCUGUGCACCUUGGCAUCUGUAAGCCUUUGGUGGAAGGUGAGAAGGAAGGAAGUUGUUUUAUUUUACAUUCAAACAACAAUGAAGACAACAAUGAGCCUUCAGAAGCUGUUGAUGACAUACAUUCAUCUUUAAUCCUUGAGGCACCCCAGGGAUUUAGAGAUGAGCCAUAUCUUGAAGAACUUGUGGAUGAACCAUUUUUAGAUAUGGGAAAGUCUCUGCAGUUCCAACAAAAAGAAAUGGACACCAGCUCCGAAGCCUGGGAAAUGCAUGAAUUUUUGAGCCCUCCACUGGAGGGAGGGGGCGAGGAAAGAGAGAUGCUUGUAGAUGAGGAAUAUGAACUCUAUCAAGAUCACCUCCGGGCCAUGGAGUUACACCCACUACCACACAUUCAGGAGGCCAGGCAUGCACCUUCCAGGCAGGAACUCCAGGUUGGCACACAGUGGCUGCAUGCUAGCCUCUCAGAAGAUGAAGCACCUGAGUGUCACGAUCCAGAGUCUGGGCAGAGUUUAUAUUCCCAGGAAAUGCAGCAGUGCAGCUACAACACUGCAGACAUGAUGGAAGAAACAUUUGGCCUUGAUUCCCGGCAGUCCAUACCCUCCUCUGAAGGAAAUGGUCAGCGUGGCAGAUUUGAUGAAAUGGAGCAUCUUCAUCCCCUAACAAACAGCAGCCUGGAUUUAGGCAUGAUGAUUCCAAGUGAUGCCCAAGGUCCUGACAUGCUUGUCGAUCUUCCAGCUGUUACCCAAAGGAGGGAGCAAGAAGAUUUGCCUUUGUACCGACUGCCCAGUGCCCGGGUUGUCUCUAGGCCUUCAUCAUACAUGGGAACAGUGUCUUCAAGAUAUGCGAGUGCUGCAUGUGAGUUACCAGAGAGAGAGGAAGGUGAAGGGGAGGAAACGCCGAACUUCAGCCACUGGGGUCCACCAAGAAUUGUUGAGAUUUUUAGAGAACCUAACGUGUCUCUUGGUAUCAGCAUUGUUGGUGGACAAACAGUUAUAAAACGCUUAAAGAAUGGAGAGGAGCUCAAGGGUAUAUUCAUCAAACAAGUGUUAGAAGAUAGUCCUGCAGGAAAAACCAAUGCACUUAAAACUGGAGAUAAAAUACUUGAGGUGUCUGGCAUAGACCUGCAGAAUGCCUCGCAUUCAGAAGCCGUGGAGGCCAUCAAGAACGCAGGCAACCCCGUGGUGUUCGUGGUACAGAGCCUAUCAUCCACCCCCAGGGUCAUCCCCAGUGUGCAUAACAAAGGCAAACCACCUGCCAGGACCCAGGAUCAAGACACCCAGGGACCAAGAGCAAAGAGGCAUGGAACAGCUCCGCCUCCAAUGAAGCUGCCUCCCCCGUACAGAGCUCCAUCUGCAGACAGUGAGGAAAGCGAGGAAGAUUGUACUCUGACCGACAAAAAGAUCCGGCAAAGGUACGCAGACCUGCCUGGAGAACUGCACAUUAUCGAGCUGGAAAAGGACAAGAAUGGCCUGGGACUCAGUCUUGCUGGCAAUAAGGACAGGUCACGGAUGAGCAUAUUCGUGGUGGGGAUCAAACCAGAGGGGCCUGCUGCUGCAGAUGGACGGAUGCGGAUUGGAGACGAGCUGCUGGAGAUAAACAAUCAGAUCCUGUAUGGAAGAAGUCAUCAAAAUGCAUCUGCCAUUAUUAAAACUGCCCCAACCAGGGUCAAACUGGUUUUUAUUAGACAUGAAGAUGCAGUCCAUCAGAUGGCUGUCGCUCCCUUCCUGCCACCAUCCAGCUCCCCGUCACCUGUUGAGGACCUGGGUGGCACUGAACCUGUCAGUAGUGAGGAAGACAGCAGUGUGGACGUCAGACACCUGCCUGACACUGAAAGCCCCAAACCGGAAGACCUGUCAGAGGUGGUUGAGCACAACACAGAGGUGGCAGAGCAACAGACGGCAUUGGAGUCACCUGACAGUGUGGCUGCCUGCCAGAUGAAACAACAAGCGUAUUCAGUACAAGCUCCCUUCAGCUCCCAAGAGCUCCCACUAGCACCAAGCCCAUUGUGCCAGUCCGAAGAUGCAGACUUCACAGGCUCUGGUAACUUCCAGGCUCCUCUCUCAGUGGACCCUGCAACAUGUCCCAUUGUCCCUGGCCAGGAAAUGAUCAUAGAAAUAUCCAAGGGGCGCUCAGGGCUUGGUCUCAGCAUUGUAGGAGGAAGAGACACACCUUUGGAUGCUAUAGUUAUCCAUGAAGUGUAUGAAGAAGGUGCAGCAGCCAGAGAUGGAAGACUGUGGGCUGGAGACCAGAUUUUAGAGGUUAAUGGGGUUGACCUGAGGAGCUGCAGCCAUGAAGAAGCCAUCACAGCCCUGAGGCAGACUCCCCAGAAGGUGCGUCUGGUGGUGUACAGAGAUGAGGCGCAGUACAGAGAUGAGGAGAACUUGGAGGUGUUCCUUGUGGAUCUGCAGAAGAAGACUGGCCGAGGACUGGGCCUGAGCAUUGUUGGGAAACGGAGUGGAAGCGGAGUGUUUAUAUCUGAUAUUGUGAAAGGCGGAGCUGCAGACCUUGAUGGCAGGUUGAUUCAAGGAGACCAGAUCUUGUCUGUGAAUGGAGAGGACGUGAGACAUGCCUCACAGGAAACCGUGGCCACCAUCCUCAAGUGUGUCCAGGGCCUUGUGCAGCUGGAGAUUGGGAGACUCCGAGCCGGUUCCUGGGCUUCCUCUCGGAAGACCUCACAAAAUAGCCAGGGGGAUCAGCACAGUGCACAUAGCAGCGGCCGGCCUUCCUUGGCCCCAGUCAUCACUGGCCUACAAAACUUGGUUGGCACAAAAAGAGCUUCUGAUCCUCCCCAAAAUUGCACAGAGAUGGGACCAAGAACUGUUGAGAUAAUCAGAGAGCUCAGCGAUGCCCUUGGAAUCAGUAUCGCUGGAGGAAAAGGAAGUCCUUUAGGAGAUAUCCCGAUAUUUAUUGCUAUGAUCCAGGCCAAUGGAGUGGCAGCACGUACCCAGAAGCUUAAGGUGGGAGAUCGGAUUGUGAGCAUUAAUGGGCAACCUCUGGAUGGACUGUCUCACACGGAUGCUGUUAAUCUACUGAAGAAUGCCUUCGGGCGCAUUAUCCUGCAGGUUGUGGCAGACACCAAUAUAAGUGCCAUAGCGACUCAACUUGAAAUCAUGUCUGCAGGCUCUCCGACUGCUGACCGCCAUCCAGAAGACACAGAGGAGCAGCUGCAGAGGACGGCCGAUUAAAACGCGGUGACCAGCUCUUAGCCGUCAAUGGGGAGACCCUGGAAGGUGUUACUCAUGAGCAAGCUGUCGCCAUUCUAAAGCAGCAGAGGGGGGCUGUGGCCUUGACUGUGCUGCCCUGAGCGCAGGUCCUGAUCCUGACUUACAGACUUCUGUGGCUUCCGAUUGGGAUGGAAAGUUGCCUCAGCUAAAACCCAGCGUCGUCACUGGCUCUGAUUCUGUUUGCAGAAACAGGAGCUGCAGCCUCUGCUUCCUACCACAUCCUACAUUCCCGCUGAGGCUUAACUGCAGCUCCUGCGGUUUCCUCUAAUGAGUGGAAACAAAGGUUUUGCUUGUCAUCUUAACUCGUGAUUUACUUAUGCUAAUUUGUCUCUUCAAAUAAGGCAGAAAACAUUAGCAGUGUAAUUAACUUCCUCACAAUGAACUAUUCACGCUCUGCCGCUGGGAAUUACUGCAGUCUCUUCCUGUGACUCAUAGUCAACUCCCUGUCUCUAGCUAGAUCUGGAUAUGUUAGCAUUGAUCCUGAGGAGCCGUCCACAGAUUCUGUAAUCCACCCAGCAUUCGGAAAGGCUUUGUUUCUGAGUUUCACAAGUGCACACUGCUUAUCAAGUGUGCCUUGAUCUCCGCAGAAGCCACACUAGCUCACGUCGCUGGAAAGCUUAUUCAGAGCGAUGAGCAUCUGAGCAGGCGGUGCCGCCCUCCCUCUCCGCUGUAGACCACCUAGGCAUCCUCGACCUUGUUCGGAGGGAGUGACACGUUCCGUUCGCCUUUUCCCUUACCUCCAUACCAGUAGCACAUAGCUCACCUUGCCCCAGCUGUGUGCUGCACUUGAACAGAAAGUAACUGAGCAAAUGACCUGGAGAUCCGAGUGCUCAGCUUGAGUUUCCCAGUCUCCUCCUCCUAUUGGCUGAAGCUCUGCAGGUCAGAAAGCAACUGUAGGGAAAGCGCAGCUAGUAGGACCGGGGUGGGGUGCGCCUCACUGAGUUCUGCAGAAUCUUACAUUGAAAACGAAGGAGAGUACCUGGCAGGUGAGUCCAAGGUCAGCAAUGGCCGUAGGUUCAGCAUUAUUUAGCCAUAACUCAGUGCUGCACAUUGUUCAGUAAUCAACAGGAUGUAAUGGGCCCUAAUGUAAAAUAUUAUUUAAUUAGUGAGGAUUUUAACUGAGAUUCCCUUUGAGUAGAUGUAAUCACAAAAGUGUUAAUUCUUACUGUAAUAUUUUUGUGGCUAUUUCAAAGUGCAGAGUGCCUAAGUUUUAUGUUGACAAUGCUUUUCCAUGACUGGUAGUAAUUUUUUUGAGAUUCCAUAGGGUUUUUAGAAUUUCUGAUGUAUCCAAGAUACAUGAUUUUGUUAGGAUCCCAUCUCCCACCAGCCUCAGUGUUCAGUGUGAAUGAAGCUUGUAAGAACACCUCAAGCGGCAGAGACCAAAUGAAGACCGGAUGAAAUGCACCUUAAAAGAUAAAGAUAGCUGUAUUAAUGCUUUCAAAGUGUGAUUCUGCUUAAUUUUGAUGGAAUGACCCUAAAUACACAUUUUGAAAUAA